AUGUUCAAGAUUCCCGCGCUUCCCCCGCCGAGACCGGCAGCACAACAGACACGUUUGACUGCUGCCACUGCCACAGACAACCCGCAACGAACUGACCGCCGUCAGACGAUAACACCGCCAGACUUACCGGCGAUGGUCAAGAUGUCGAUCACCAGCGAAUUCCGGAACCUUCGAAAAUACUACCCCCAGCGGCCCGAGGCUGUCGGCGAGGCCAUGCGUCUGACCCGCAGGCUCGUCCUCAUGAAGCCGGCCCAAUACAACUCGUCCUUGGACUUCUUCUGUCAUUUUGAACAACUUGUUCGCCAGCAAGACCGCACCGGCUUUCCUCUGGAAGAUUAUGUCAAGUGUGAAUUGCUUCUGCGAGGCAUUGCCAUCGUCUGCGGCUCGGCGAAACUUGGAAGCGCCCUGAUGGAGGAGAUGAAGACCAAGUUCCGGGCCAAAAGCCAAAGACAGUGGCUGCAACCAGACAAGCACGACAUCCCAGCGUCCCAGCGAGCCACGUUGGCUACCGUCCUUCCGUGGCAUGGUAAGAAGUGA